AGCUCUGCAACGAGUGAGAACUCUUUCCACGAAGACGAGCACCUGCGCAACAGGACAAGCCCAUCCGUACGAAAACAAACACAUCUGUGGACUCGAGUCGCUGUUUUUGAGGGACUCUUCGAAAAUGUGUGGGGAAACUAUUCUCAAAGUCUGCCUGCUGGUCAUUGCUGCUUAUUCGGUUAUUGCCGAGGAGUGCUCCCAGCCAUGUGACUGCCCGGCUGAGCCUCCUGUGUGCUCGUACGGCACCAGCCUGGUGCUGGAUGGCUGUGGCUGCUGUAAAGUGUGUGCCCGACAGGCAGGGGAGCCCUGCUCGCUCCUGAGUCCCUGUGACCACCACAAGGAGCUCUACUGCGACUACGCCCUCCAGAGUGUCUCCGAAACCGGCAUCUGCAUGCCUCAGGAGGGUCAGACGUGCGACCUGGGCGGCGUGAUCUACCGCAGCGGCGAGACCUUCCAGCCCAGCUGCAAGCACCACUGCAUCUGCAUGAACGGCGAGAUCGGCUGCGUGCCCACCUGCGCCAGCGACAUGCGGCUGCCCUCGCCCGACUGCCCCUACCCGCGCCGCAUCCAGAUCCCUGGCCAGUGCUGCGAGGAGUGGGUCUGUGACGAGACGCCUCACGAGGACACCUUCGAGUCGGCCAUGGCAGUGUUCCGGGAGGUGUCUGCACACGGCCCCAAGCCGGAGAGCCCCCGCGACAACUGCAUCGUCCAGACGACGGCGUGGAGCGAGUGCUCGGCCACCUGCGGCAUGGGCAUCUCCUCGCGCGUCACCAACGACAACGAGCGGUGCCAGCUGGAGAGGCAGACCCGCGUCUGCAUGAUUCGCCCGUGCCAAGCAGACCAGGAGAAGAGCAUCAAGAAGGGUAAGAAGUGCAUCCGCACACCGCGCAGCACUCGCGGCAUGCGCUUCGAGCUGUCGGGCUGCCGGAGCGUGCGCGUCUUCCGGCCCAAGUUCUGCGGCACGUGCACGGACGGCCGCUGCUGCUCGCCAGCCACCACCGCCACGGCCGAGGUGGAGUUCCGCUGCCCCGAGGGCGACACCUUCCACCGCAAGAUGAUGUUCGUCAAGACCUGCGUGUGCCACCGCAACUGCCCGCGCGAGAACGACAUCUUCCUGGCCUCCCACGCCAGGCACAUGGUCGGAGACUACGAGAACGCCAUGUGAGGAGAUGGAGAUGGGGUCAGGGUGGAUGGGUGGCAGUGUUGCCAGAUGAAUUGGGCUACUUGGGAUGACCGUCUGUGGGUAAAAACGGGGAAAAAUGGGCCAUUUGGCUUUUUUUUCUGCAGUUUUGGGCCCAUAGAAAUCAAUGCAAUUUGUUGAAAUUGGGCAGAUUUUGGCGCAUUUUGAGAACCUUUUUGGACGGGAUUUGAUCAGACACAUCUGGCAACACUGAUGGGUGGAUGAAUGGAUGGGUGGACUGACUGGUGGAUGACAUUUGCUGCCGUUUUGACUGACAGACGACACUGCUGAUGUUGGUGCACAUAAAGAUAGACACAAGUACAGACAUGAUCGCACAGACACAAAUUCAUACAUGCAUGGCACAAUCACACACACACACACACACACACACACACACACACACACACACACACACACACACACACACACACACACACACACACACACACACACACACACACACACACACACACACACAUGCAGACAUCACAACUACAUUGGCAGCUCCUCUGGAUAUCCACCUUUAACCAGACUUAUAAUGGGCGCACAGGAGGACAAAGCAAUAUUGUUUGUAUUAGAGAGAAAGGUAAUGUGUGAAGUGCCAACAUUUAAAGUUGUUAUUGUUUUUGAGUUUCUGUUUUUAAUUUUGUUUAGUUUUUUUAUGUGCAGCUCUGAGGUCGCCUGUGCAAAUCGUGUCAAGUCGACCUUUCGCACUGAUGAGAGUAGACACAAGGCGUGUGUGUGUGCGCGCGCGUGUGUGUGUGUGUGUGUGUGUGUGUGUGUGCGUGCGUGUGUUUCCUAAUUAACCCAUUUGCAGUAUUACCAACACGGGCUUCUGGUAUCUAUGACCAGGGGCUAACACCAAAUUUUUGACAAAAUGCUUCUAGCAAAUGGCUACCUAUUUCCCACCCCCAAGUUAUUUAGUGUUAUUUAAUUUGCUAUUUUUAUUUUUAAUAUGUUAUUUUUGUUUAUUGUUAUUAUUAUUAUUAUAUUGUUUCUCUGCCACUGUUACUGAGGAGUCCUCAUUUGUUUGAGGAGAAUUAUUUGCUGGUUGACAACAGACCCCAUUCAUCUCAAGAUUUUCGGUAACACUUUACUUGACGCCGGUGUCAUAAGCAUGUCAUUACAGUGUCAUAAUAGUUUCAUGACACACAGUCAUAGAUGAGUCAUAAACAUAAUGUCCAUGUCAUAAACAUUUUAUGACUGUUGGCCUUAAGUGACAUUUACUUAUGGCAAGGCUGUCUUUGCCAUAACCAAAUGUCACUUAAGGCCAACAGUCAUAAAGUUUAUGACAUGGACAUAAUGUUUAUGACUUAUCUAUGACAUGACACUAUUAUGACACUGUAAUGACAUGCUUAUGACACUGGCAUCAAGUAAAGUGUUACCAGAGUUUCCAAGUGGGGUCUGAAAAAACAUUUAAAGACAUGAAUGAUGAAAGUGUUUUUGUUUUAAAGUGACCUGAGGUGACAGUCAUGUGACAUGUAAGAAUGACCUAUGACCCUCAACAAUGUACCCUUGAAAGGGCAAGGGAGAGGUACCAAUGUAAUCCUGUAGAUUCCACCCGGAAGAUCUAUGUUGGAAAAUCCCAGUACAAAUUCAACGUAGCUUGGCUGUCAUGAUAACAUGAAAGUGUAGCAGUCAUUUAAGAGGCCGAAACUACACACAAAAAAACAACAGUAAAAUUGACAAAAGUACAACGUGUAAAUACUGUAAGAAGACUGUGUACAGUUUUGUACUAAUUUAUGUCCAUGUUUUAAUGCAACAUUGUAGCUGGUUGUAUUUGGUUCUGUGUCUACUGUGUGUGUUUGUUUUUUCACUGUAACCGCCUGACAAGUGAUACAAGUGAUUUCCUGUCUGUUGCACUUUUUUGUUUUACAAUAAAGA